UUUGAACCACCGAAGAUAAAAUAUUUUAUUGUAUCAAUAUUCCACCUAUUUAAUUUCCUUCAUUCAAAACUCAUUAGACCGUACUUAUUUCCGUUUACCAUUGUGGUCGCAUGAUCUACACACCAACUAUACACUGCUUUAACAUCAAGGUAUUACCAAAAUGUUGAUAUAAUAUUAUUAUAAUGACUUUUAUCAAAACCAAUAAAUAUCAUAUACCUACUCAUUUCAGAUAAUUUGGCAAUUAGGCAGGCAUAAUAGUUAUAUAGAAUACAGAUAAUAUUUAAUAUUUAUUGUAUUUGACAUCGGCACGUGGUUAAUGGAUAUAAUCAAACUAUAGACAUGUGCGAUAAAUGUUGUAUUACAGUACACAAAGUAAAUGACCAGAUUGUGAAAAAAAUUACACAAUAUCAUACAUAUAAUACAUAUCAUUAAUUUUAUUUAUGGCCAGAUUUAUGACAGUCCAAAGAAAAAGUUUUCAAAAAAAUAAAUGGAAAUGCACACCACACCCUACAAACCUCUUUUAUGACCAAAUAGCAAGUUUAAUAAAAGGUACCUAAUUGUAAUGUUUUAUGUUCACAGUACCUAAUUGAAAAACAAACAAUAAAGAGGAUAUAAUUCAAUAUGGAAACAUCAAGAACAACAGUUGAUGAUUGCUUGAUAAAUCCCAAGUAUCAUAAUAUAUUACUCAGUACUAGAGUGUUGUCAAUUCCACUUAUAAGAUGUGACGCUCAAGUAUUUAAUGGAAUAAUAAAAAAGGAAAAUAUUGAUGAUCAAGUUUUCAAUAGGAAAAUUAAAGAGGAAAAUAUUGAUGAUCAAGUUUUCAAUAGGAAAAUUAAAAAGGAAAUUAUUGAUGAAAGUGACCAUCACAAUGAUAGUCAAUUACUAAAAGGAACUAAAACUGAAGAAGAAAGAAGCACAAUUGACACCAAUAUUAAAGUGGAAAUAAAUGUUGUUGACGAUUAUGAAUAUCAAGGAACAGUUUUAAGCGAAAGCAACUCUUCAGAUUUUUUUACUCGUACGAAUUUGGACUUGACAUCUAACCGCUUAAGGAAAAAUCAAUUGACCGAUAACCGUGGUAAAAUUUCUAUAGCGUCCAAUUUAACUGAGGAUACAAGAAUACAUAUCGGUGCUAAGCAGUAUAAAUGUGGUAUUUGUGACAAGAGGUUUGAUAAAUCAUCAUCUUUAACAAAUCAUAAACGAAUACAUUCAAGUGAUAGAGCUUUUUCUCGGAAACCAUUUUUAAAAUCCCAUGUAAUGACACAUUCUGAAGAAAGAACAUAUAAAUGUAAUAUCUGUAAUAAAACAUUUUAUAAACAAUGUAAUUUAAAGGCACAUACUAGAACACAUACUGGCGAAAAGCCAUUUAAGUGUAAUAUCUGUAAUAUAUUAUUUUCUCAAUUAAGUAAUUUAAGAACGCAUACAAAGACACAUACUGGAGAAAAUCGAGCUAAAUGUAAUAUCUGUGGUAAACUGUUUUCCGGAAAAUCUUAUUUAGCAAUUCAUAUAGCUAAUACACAUAUGGGAGUGAAACCAUAUAAAUGCAGGAUCUGUAAUAAAGGAUUUUUCCAAAAAUCGUAUUUAACAACGCAUACGAGGAUACACACCGGUGAAAGACCAUACAAAUGUGAUAUCUGUUUUAAGGGGCUUAUUUCAUUAAGCAGUUUAGCAAAGCAUUCAAUAAUACAUACCGGUGUAAAGCCAUAUAUAUGUGAUAUAUGUAAUACAGCUUUUUCUCGGAAGUCAUUAGUAAAAUCCCAUAUAAUGACACAUUUUGAAGAAAAACCAUAUACGUGUAAUAUAUGUAAUAAAAGGUUUUAUAAACAAUGUAAUUUAAAGACACAUACUAGAACACAUACCGGCGAAAAGCCAUUUAAGUGUAAUAGCUGUGAUCGAUUAUUUUCUCAUUCAAAUAGUUUAAGAAGGCAUAAAAAGACACAUACCGGAGAAAAUAGAAUUAAAUGUGAUAUCUGUGGUAAACUGUUUUCCGGAAUAUCCAGUUUAGAAAUUCAUGCUAUUAUACAUACCGGAGUGAAACCAUAUAAAUGCAAUAUCUGUAAUAAAACUUUUUUAAAGAAAUGUGCUUUAACAUCGCAUACGAGGAUACACACCAGUAAAAGACCAUAAAAAUGUGAUCUGUUUUAAGGGGUUUGUUUCAUCAAGUGAUUUAACAAAGCAUACAAGAAUACAUACUGGUAUAAAUGCGACAUUCGUAAUAAAUUUUUUUUUAAUAAAAAAUAUUUAAAAUGCCAUGAAAUGACACACCAAAGACUUUAAAAAGACCACUUAUUCAAAACACAUAAAAUUAUUUAUUAUUCAUUAUUUCUGAACUUUUAAUUUUAAUAAACCUGCACUUAAAUCGUCUCACAGUAAUGCCAAUAAAAAUCCACAUUUCCUCUACUUUAAAAUUCUUUCUAGCACCAAAAAAAUGAAUUCUCAUUUAUCUAUCUAAAUGCCUUAUCUAGAUAAAAAGCUGAUGAUGGGAAUGGUAUUGUUAACCUAUCCAAAUCAUAUUUUUCUGAUUCAAAUUAUAAAAAUACAUUAAAUUUAACUAUCGUUGAAUAUCCCAUACAUACUCUAGACCUUAAUUGUUCAAUUAACAGAAAAAAUGGAUAUGAAAUAUGAAAUAUUAAUCUGAAAACUUCACCAGGCACUGACAAUAUUUCUACAAUUUUCUUAAAUAAAUGUUCUUUUAUUUUAUCACUGGUUUUAAUUUUAAUAUUUAAUAAAUCUUCUUUCUAGUAAAUUCCCAAAUAAAUGGAACACCUCAUUGAUAUCUCCCAUCCAUAAAAAUAAAAGUAAAAAUUCUUUCUUAAAUUCUUCUCUAAUUUCAAAAUCUUCAAUUAUACCUAAGCUAAUCUCUAAAGGUAUAAAUAAAAAACUAACUCCUUUACUUGAAAAUACUACAGUAAAUGAACAGCAUGGCUUUCGUAUAGGUUGAUUUACAAUUACCAAUAUACUAUUAAACAAUAUUAUAUAUUGCCCAAAACGGAUAGAAUGUAGGUACUUUAAAAUAAACUCACAAAACUCUAGACAUAAACAACGAUUUUAUACACCAAAUAUAUCGACUAAAGAUGUCAUUCUCCCCUUCGAAUAUUUUAACGUCUCUAGGAAACUAAAUAACAUAGGUUUAUUUCACUCUUAUAAAUUAUAUUUAUAUACGAUACGUCAUGUACAUACAAAUUGAUUUAUAUGUAAUUAUAAUUUUUUUUUUCUUUGA